UUCUCAUGUCGACUUUCUGCGGCAAGUACGGAGUUUAGAUCCAGUGCUGUUCUGGACUGAUGCAGGAAUAAAGACGGCAAGCAGUCGUGAAUGUUAAACACAUAGACGCCGACUUAUAAGUUUAAAAAUCUUGCGAGUAAAUGGGAUUCAACGUCUUCCGAACAGAAUGUAAAGAAUUCCUUGAAGGAUGUGGGGAAUUAAAGGCUCGUGUGCUGCGCUGUUAUUGUUGUUUUUGGCUUAUAUCUCCGUGUCCUCGGUUUACGCCGACAGUUUAUCUGCUCCACUCAAUGUGACCAUCAAAGCACUGGAGGGGAACUCAGCGAUAGUGACAUGGGACAUUCUGGAGGGAGACCCAGUCAUUGGGUUUGCCAUCACCCAGCAGAAGAAGGACGUACGUAUGCUGCGAUUCAUCCAGGAAGUGAACACCACCACUCGUUCAUGUGCAUUAUGGGACUUGGAGGAAGACACAGAGUACAUUGUGCAUGUGCAGUCCAUUAGCAUGAGCGGCACCAGCCCCCUGAGUGAACCUGUUCUGUUCCGCACUCCCAAAGAGUCAGAGAAACUGGCCUCUAAAAGCCCAGAUGAAGUGACCAUGGAGGAGGUUGGCCAGGCUGCCCAGCUCAGGGCUGGAGAGCUCAUUAUCAUUGUGGUGGUUCUUGUCAUGUGGGCAGGUGUGAUAGCUCUGUUCUGCCGGCAGUAUGACAUCAUCAAAGACAACGAGCCCAACAAUAACAAGGACAAAGCCAAGAACUCGUCAGAGUGCAGUACCCCAGAGCACCCUACGGGGGGACUACUACGCAGCAAGGUCUAAUUCCUCCUUCCCCUGUCGGCAAUAAUAGGCUUUAGCCUCAGGACAGUGCUCCGAGACAAAACAAGUAAGCCAUCAAAUCACAAAGUUGUGAAGCCCACCUCUCAUCCUCAAUCAAACGACCUUUUAGUAUUCCCAUCGACCAACAUGAACUCUUUGGUGCUUGUCUGUUUGGGACAUUGACACAAACUUGAGGAUGAAAUGGACAAGAUGGUUCCAGAACUGCAAUGCUGGAAGUUUCAGCCGUUUGAAGCGAGUUGUUGAGUUUCGAUCCACAGCUGCCUCAGCUGAAGGACUCAAACCCCGCUGUGAGCUUGAAGACCAGAGACUUCGUGCCACCAGGAGUGUCUUUGGCUCCUAUGUAGACUCACAGAGAUAAGGAGAAACCUGCCACCCCACAUAAACCUUAAAUAAACCAGGAAGGUGCGUUGUGAAAAAGAAGGAAGGAAGAGCGUUUUUUCCAAGCUCACCGUCAUUAUCAGCUCUGAACCAGGAUCAGGUCUCUGACAGGGGUGAUUACGAUAUUUCACUUCACUAUCUCUCCAUACUUAUCGCUAUCUCUUGUAUUCGGUUCCUUCUUUUCACACCUCUAGUUGAAUUUAUAUUUCAUUUCUCCUUAUCCUCCCUCCAGCUGCCAAUCACGCACAGUCUAGAUAAUUUGAUGUGGUUUAAUUGGUGCGGUAGGAUCUUUCUUCUCAGCACUCUCGCUCUCAGGGCAUUCAGGAAAACAUCCACAGGAAGAUGAUGGACCACAUUGGAUUCACCCACCUGCGGCCCAAUCACACUGCUCAGACUGAACUGCACAUCAGAUUGAUGAAGAGCUCCAUAUUAUAAUAGUGUUAGAAAACCUAUUUAAUCGCUUGUUUGUCUCAAGUAAAUCAACAGCUUGUCGUCUCUAAUGAGCACAUUACUGUACAGUGCUGGUUAUUUUGGUCCUCAUAUUACAUUCAUUAGCAUAUUCGUCAUGAGUAUGGCUAUUUACCGCUUUUAUGUGCCGCUAAGAUAUAGAGUUGGGUGCCUUUUUCCACAGGCUUUUCUGGAUUACCUUCCCUUUAAAACAUUCAAACUUAAAGUCAACAAGAAAAGAAACAAAACAAGACAUAUUGGCCAUGAAUUAAGAAUUUCAUCACUUCAUCAUCACUACGAUAUCAAUCUUUUUCGUCCACGUCAUAUGCGGUACUCAGUAAAUAUU